UAGGAACACACACGGAAGUGUUUGCGGAUGUGACUGUGAGCGUGUCGUUUUUUGUUGACAACUUCAUUUCAUCAUUAUAAAGCUGUUUUAGGGCACACUAUCAAACGAUAUAAUCGCCUUUUACUUAUUUUUUUUUUUUUUAGUUACGGUAAUAACCUCCGGACCAGUAAUGUCCAAAUCGACAACGAGGCACCCGAAAGAAAACGAGUCGAAACAGUUGCCAAUCUACAAGCAUAAAGCUAAACUGGUCCAGGCCGUGAAGGAGAGCACUUUCUUGUUGGUCACGGGUGAAACUGGCAGUGGAAAAACCACGCAGCUUCCACAGUAUUUGUACCAAGCAGGCUUUUGUAAAAAUGGCAAAAUUUGCAUCACCCAGCCCCGCCGGGUCGCUGCCAUCACGGUGGCUCAGAGGGUUGCCCAUGAGAUGCAGUGCACGCUGGGAAGAGAGGUGGGCUACCAGGUGCGCUUUGACGACUGCACAACACCGGAUACCGAUGUGAAAUAUAUGACGGAUGGCUGUUUGUUGAGAGAAGUCCUGGCAGACCCUGGACUUUCCCACUACAGCGUUGUGGUCUUGGAUGAGGUCCACGAACGAAGCCUCAACACUGACAUCCUCCUGGGCUUACUGAAGAAGGUUUUUUCCAAUCCGUCUGAAGCUAUGAGGGGCCGAGCUGUCCCACUGAAAGUGGUGGUGAUGUCGGCCACCAUGGAAACAGACAAGCUUUCGGCUUUCCUUGGCGACUGCCCCGUAUUCGCUAUCCCGGGGAGGACUUUUCCUGUCGCCUGCACAUUUGGCACUGCUGUGGGACCUAAAGAUCUACAGAGCACGGGUUAUGUGAAAGAGGUUGUGACUCUGGCUCUGGACGUUCACACCAGUGAGAAGGCCGGUGAUAUUUUGGUGUUUUUAACAGGUCAGUCGGAGAUCGAGCGGGCGUGCGACUUGCUGUUUGAAAAAGCCGAGUCUAUAGACUACCGCUACGACGUGCAGGACAAAACGAUAGAUGGGCUCCUUAUUUUGCCCCUCUACGGUUCCAUGCCGACUGAGCAACAGCGCCAGAUCUUUCAGCCUCCUCCUCCGGGAAUAAGGAAGUGCGUAGUGGCCACCAACAUCGCCGCCACAUCCCUCACCAUCAACGGCAUCAAGUACAUCAUCGACAGCGGCUUUGUGAAGCAACUCAACCACAACUCCAGGGUGGGCAUGGACAUUUUGGAAGUGGUGGCCAUUUCAAAGAGUGAAGCUCAGCAGAGGGCAGGCCGAGCUGGGAGAACCUCAGCCGGGAAGUGUUUUCGCAUCUACACCAAAGAGUUCUGGGAGGAAUGCAUGCCCGAAUAUACAAUCCCUGAGAUCCAGAGGACGAGUCUGACUGCAGUGGUCCUCACACUCAAGUGCCUGGGUAUUCAUGAUGUCAUUAGGUUUCCCUACCUGGACCCUCCGGAAGAGAGGUUUACCCUUGAGGCGCUGAAACAGCUUUAUCAGUUUGAUGCUAUCGACAGGAGGGGCCGAGUGACUCACCUUGGGGGGCUGAUGGUGGCCUUCCCCCUCCACCCAGGCCUCACCAGAGCCCUGCUCAAAGCUGCCUCGCACGGCUGCCAGGACCUGCUGCUCCCCGUGGCUGCCAUGUUGUCUGUAGAGAAUAUCUUCAUACGGCCUGGUCACCCUGAGAAGCAGAAAGAAGCCGACAAGAGUCAUCGAGCGCUGGCAGCCAAUAGUGGCGGCAUAAAUGACUUUGGCACGCUUCUUAGUGUGUUUCAACAGUGUAAAGACAGCGAAAGACCCUCAGUGUGGUGCAAGGAUAAUUGGAUCCACUGGAGGGCGCUCAAAACGGCCUUCAGUGUGGAGACUCAGCUCCGUGACAUCCUCCUUCGCCUGCAACAGAGGAGAGAUUUCCCUGUGGAGAAAUUUGACGGCAAUAAAAAUGAACUCUUUCGACGGUGUCUGUGUUCAGGGUACUUCACCAAUGUUGCCAGAAGAUCUGUUGGAAAGGUGUUUUGCACAAUGGACGGUCACGGGUCCAUGGUCCACAUUCAUCCUUCAUCAUCGCUGUUUGACAAGGAGAUGGAGCUGGACUGGAUUCUCUUCCACGACAUGAUGGUCACGUCACGGGUGUACGUCAGGACGGUAUGUCCCAUCCGAUAUGAGUGGGUGAAGGACCUGCUGCCAAAACUGCACGAGGUCGACGUUUACGAACUAAGCAGCGUGGCAAGAGAAGAAGUCACCGAUGAGGAGGUGGCCAAGUGGGAGACGAGAGACGCUGCCAAGAGGCAAUCAGAGCUUUCCGGCGAAGAUGCCCUGAAGAAGGUGGAGAAGCGAAACGACGAAAGGAGCGUCAGCGACGCACGUGCUCGCUACCUGCAACGGAAGCAGCAAAGACAACUAAAUAAAGCCCUCUGAGGGUGUGCUGAGUUGUCUCACUCGUGAGGAUAAAGAGGAUACUAGUACAAGGACAAUUCUGAACUAGUAGGAUCACGAAUAAAUGGUCAAACGGGUUGCCAUAUGCUUGGACAGAAUAGACCUCAUUCGCAAUGUCAGCAAUGCUGUUGUGGUAUUAUUAUUAUUUUUAUUACAUUCUGACAAUAAAUAUUUUUGAUACAUUUUAAAUAAUUCUUACGCAUCCCUUCAUUUUAUGAAGUGCCCAUUUUAUUCACCAAGGGUAUACAUU